GCCAGGUGGACGGGGUACGUGCGGCGGGAGACCGCGCGCCGCGCGGGGGCCCCCAGGUGUAAGCCGUGUAAGUCGCCGCUCGCUCGAGCAGUGCACCGCCGGACGUACUCUCGACACGGGCGUUCCGCCUCGGCGCCGCAUCAUACUGUCACUGUUGUAUCCUCGCGCGCGUUUCGCGUCCUCUUCCUUGCCGAAUUUUCAAACAAGACGUCCCGGGCGUUACCUGGAAUUGCGAACAAUGCUGUCGUUAGGAUAGCCGGACUCGCGGAGCGACGAACGACGCGCGCGAGAUGUCGUCCGAGCGAUUUCAUAAGCUGUUUCAUGUGCUAUCACAUACAUCAGCGGUGCGCGUGCGGAAUUCAUGCAUGAGGAGAGGGCCGCGCAAGAAGGCACGUUGGAUGUUCUGAAGGAAGCCACGAGAAAGGAUUGUAACGCGCGAGAUGAAGGAGGAAUGACCCCGACAUUAUGGGCAGCCUUCGAAGGCCACGUAGAUGCUCUGAGACUGCUGGUCGCCAAAGGAGGCGAUCCGGACAAGACCGAUUAUUUCGGUAAUACAUGCUUGCACCUGGCAGCGGCGAGGGGCCACGAAUUCUGUGUUAAAUUCUUGGUGAAGUUCGGCUGCAAUAUCUGGUCGCUGGACAUCGACCGGCACUCCGCCCGUGAACUUGCGGCGAUAAACGGCUGCGAGAAGAUCUUACAGUUCCUAGACAUCGCUCAGGCUGAUCAGGAAUUGAAUAAUCGCAAGAAAAGCCGGUUACUUCGGGAAAAGGCGGAGAGAGAUGCGGAGAAGAGGCUGAAAGAAUACAUGAAGAAACAAAAAUUGGCCGAGAUUAGGGCGGAAAAAGAACAGAAGAAACUGAUAAAGGAUCGUGCUAAAUCAGACUUCGACGCAAUAAAUGAGCUGAACUCCCAACGGCCCGGGGUACUGACCUUUAGAGGCCGAAUGAAACCUUCGCCGACAUUCAGCGACAUCGUUGGUACCACCACGAAAAGACACGGCAGCACAGUUUGUCGGAAGGCUUUAGCUAAGAAAGCCAUCAACGACUUUAAAGUCGUGGAGGUCGAAGUGAAUGGGAAGAAGUCGGUUCGAAGUCUCACUGGUGUUCGACGGGAUUCUGAAGUUAUGUACGUAGGCACGUACGACACUCAGCCGCAGCACAUAGGCAUCAGAAGAGGAAAGAUCUCUGAUGUAUGGGGUACUCUCAGUAAAUCGCAGAGCACGCCCGAUCUCUUAGGUGAAAGGAUAUACGACGAGGAGGAGGAGGAUCGAGAAGAAGAAAACUUGAAUGUUGCGAAGGACACCACUUUUCUGCAGGAACCAGCCAGCAUUUUCAACCGACCUGGUUUCGGUUCGGUGGCUUUUAGAAGGGCGAUAACAUCUACGCUGGAUAAUCUGCCAGUCACGCAAACGGAUGUUCCAAAUAGCAAUCAUUCCGCAAAUGGCUCAACAAAUGGAUCUAUAAACAGUAAUAAGUUCAGCCCAAAUGGACACAAUGAGGAGAUCAGUAUAGGAAGUGCCGGUAGUUUAGCACGCCGGCAAAGCUUGUGGGAUGAGGAUCUUCUUUCAGAAGGUGAAGAAACGGACGAGGAAUGGACACCUUUGCAGAGAUUUUUAGUUGCCAAUAAUCUCACAUCCAUACAUCCCAUUUUGGAAUCGGAGCAAAUUGAUCUGGAAGCUCUGAUGCUGCUCACUGAAACCGACAUAGCAGCCCUCAAACUUCCACUUGGUCCCAGACGAAAACUCACUAACGCAAUUGCAAACCGGAAAAAAGCGCUGAACACGCCGGAAAGUAUUAUCAAAGAUAGUAGAUUGUGAAAAUAGUAUAUUGCAUAAGAGAAUGUAAUGCUAUUAACGAAAUUAUCUGUCCGUCCACAAAUGAAGUAUUAAGGUUUCGAAGUAGGUUUGAAUGCAAGAGAUAAAAGUAGGAAAUAGUUAUUUUAAUCUUAUUUUACGUUUUAAACGUAAAAUAAAAAAUCGAUACUUUUAUGAAAAUCGCGCAAAGUAAUCUCAUUAGACAUAAAAAAAUUAUUGAAAAAUUAUUCUAUCAGAAGGCUCUUAAGAUCGAACUUCUUUGUGCCUUGUAGUUUUAUCUAUUGUAGUCUAUCCAUUGUCAACAUAUUUUCCUAUUAUUACGGAUAUAAUUUUCCUAUUAUACUUAAUUGAUCUCAUUGGCUAAAUUACGUAAUCGUAAUUAUAUAAAUAAUCAGAAAUUUUUAUAUUAAAAAUAAGAAAAAAUAUAGAAAAAGGAGAAUGAAGUAUCGAUGGCACUAAAUAAUAGAUAAGUAAGAUAGAACAAUACAUGCCAUAAUUAAAAAAACAAAUUCAAUACACCAUAUACACUGCCAUAAAAUGUACCGUCGUUGAUGUUUUACUCAACAUCAGCCUGACUUGUUAUUCUAAUUAGAUAUAUGUAUCAUGUACUAUGCACGAAAUUUUUUAAUUUUCACACAGGUAAUGAAAUAUAUAUUUUUACUAUAACUUUUUUAAAUAUUUAACAGUAUUAAUUAUAUUAAUUACUACAAAAGAUAAUAUGAAAAAAAAUUAACUGUUUACGAAAGACAUUGAACAUCAGAACUUAUUUUAAUUUCAUUUUUUUACUGUUAAACUAUUUGGCACAGUAAUCAGAAUUUACUCUUUUCAUCAUUUAUGUCCGAAACACAAUUACUAAAUUUAGCUUUAUAUUAAUAAUGAUAAAAAAAGAUUGUCAUUGUUUAUCUUUUAAAACCUAAUGCAAUUUUAAUGUGAGUGACCAUUUAAUUACGUGCGCAAUUAGAUUUUUAUCUAUGUUUAAAAUAUAACUGAGCCCUAGUAAUAAUUAUGAAUCACAUGUUAUAGAUUACGUUUCAUGCAUUAAUUUUAACAUCGUGUAUGGUACAUAUUAUAUCCACAAUAUUGUAGCGCAAAAAAUGUACAAAAUAAUUAUGUGACAAUAAAGUAUGUAUAUAUACACAAUGGUUCGUAUAGGAUCGUAGGAGAGAAAGUGUGAGCGUGAUGGGCAGGAGAAUGCCACGGCACAGACUUUUUCUCGUGAUUUAUUUGUAAAUGAUUAUCUUACAAACAAGAGGCGCAAAAAUAUACAAGCUUCUUAUGUUCGCAAGAAAGUAACAGCACCAUUUCACGCCUUGCCAUGAACGCGUCGUGCCCCGACCAAGGCGUCAUGUUCGUGCAAGUCUCAUGUCACGGUACACUCGUUCUCGCGAAAGUGCACCAAUGCAACUUGCAGCAAUGUGCAUCGGAAUAACGAGAAACGGAAAGAUACGCUCAUAAAAAAUUUUUUGGUGCCUCGCGUCUGUUAGACGCGCUUAUAUACGUUCCUGCGUAUCUAUGAACGUACCAAUUACAAUAUAACUGUGAACGAUAUAAUAUACAAGUGAUCCCUCCUGACUC